UACGUGAAUCUAGUUUCUGCCACCUUAUUUACUAAGCAGAUGCAACAAGGCACACAUAGGAGCGAGUGAAUGUGCACGUUAUAUUAACUAAGGGCUGGUUUCAGCCUACAAAAGAAAUUUACGGAUUAACAUGAAGCUGAGAAAACAUGGAUUGGGACUUGUAAGAUUUGAAGAAAUGAGAUUGAAUCCACCACGUAUGCAGAUACAUACAUCACACGCUGUGCUGCCUCUGAAUGCUCACACCAAAUCUCAUUAUGUUUGCACAAAGCAAUCGAAAAUGCGUCAGCUGGUCUUUGUGGCCCCGCCGGAUACGAGCCAAGCUGCUGCGGCGUGGCCGGUAGGACCAGUACAUGCAGAAAUGAGGAGUGGGGCAUGGAUGUUGGAAGACUCACAGUGUCUCGACUCAUCGAAUCUGUGGGUCGUGAAAAAUCAACGCGAGCGCGAACUGUGCCCAGAGAAGUUCAACAAUUGCCCAAAAGAGACUUCAACUUCAACUUCCAAGCCCAUCUCAGUCAUUUUGCAUCAUGCUAUACACAAGCAAUAUGCGAUUUAA